AUGCCUCCAUUCAGUUAUGCUAGCUUACCUCCACUCGAUUCGAGCACUAUUCGCCUAAUUUCUCUUAUGCCCAGUAGAAACGAAACCGCUGCUCUACAAGGCCAACUUCACAACUAUUCUCUCCAAGAUUCGGACAAAGAAACCUAUUUAUACGAAGCUUUGUCGUACGUAUGGGGUGGCUUCGAUGAUCCUCUACAUUGUAUCUAUAUAGAUGGGGGUUCUCUCUCCACCACAGCGAAUCUGCAUGCAGCCUUGCUACGUCUUCGAAAUCACACUCUUGAACGAGUCAUAUGGGUAGAUGCUCUCUGCAUCAAUCAGCAAGAUGAUCAAGAGAAAGGUCUCCAGAUUCAAUUGAUGCCGAGGAUCUAUGGCCAAGCAGCCCAGGUCAUUGUUUAUUUCGGAGAAGCUGCGGAUGACAGUGAUAUGGCUCUUGAGAGCAUACGAGUUGCAGCAGAUGAUGAGAACGAACAGCCUACAAAUUCAUUGGCCAGCAACAAGAACCAAGAGUCAAUCCUCAGGUUACUUAAAAGACCAUGGUUUCAGCGCAUCUGGGUUCUCCAGGAGGUCGGCUUGGCUCGAAGUAUCUGA